AUGAUCCCCCUUAUCCUCUCGGAAACGACCCUCUUCUACUUCACUCUGGCACGCAGCUCUGAUGGUGAUGAUGAUGACUUAUUGAACAAGAUCAAGAACUGGUCUAAGAAAAUACCAUAUGACUGGGAUGAGCUGCCCGGGGAAACUGCCGGUGUUUUCGAUCACUAA